AUGAGCAUUUAAAACAUGGAGUUGUUGUGGAUGUGGAUACCCGUUUUGGGCUCUCUGUUGUUUGUGGAAAUCUCGCGGACUCUACCCAUUGAUGAGGACCGGCAGCUGAGGCGUGAGGACGUGGAGCUGGCUGAGGGCUACCUGAAUAGGUUCUAUGGUCUGAACGUCAGAGACCACAGAGCUCGAGCAAGAAGGAUCAGGUCUGCACCAGCUAUGGAGGAGAAAAUCAGAGAAAUGCAAAACUUCUUUGGUCUGAGAGAAACAGGAAACCUGGACUCUAACACCCUGGAUGUGAUGAAGGAGCCAAGGUGUGGUGUUCCAGACGUGGACAACUUCAGCUUUUACCCCAAUAAGCCUAAAUGGAAGAAGAACACCAUCACAUACACGAUUGCCAAAUAUACUCCAGACAUGAAGAGAGAGGAUGUGGAAAAGUCCUUUCGUUUUGCCCUGAAGAUGUGGAGCGACGCGGCUCCACUGAAGUUCAUCAAAGUCAACCAUGGCAAAGCUGAUAUAGUCUUCUCGUUCGCACGCAGAACUCAUGGAGAUUUCUUUCCCUUUGAUGGACCCCGGGGUGUGUUGGCUCAUGCCUUUCAGCCAGGAGAGGGGUUGGGUGGAGACGUGCACUUUGAUGAGGAUGAAACGUGGACAGCAGGGAGGCAAGGUUACAGCCUGUUUGCUGUUGCAGCUCAUGAGCUCGGUCACUCACUGGGUUUGACUCAUUCCAGAGACCCCUCUGCCAUCAUGUACCCCAACUACAGACAUCAGAGCCGCACACAGUACUCUCUAUCUGCAGAUGACAUGCUGGGGAUCCAAACGCUGUACGGCAAGCCUGGCAAAAAAGUGGAAUCCCAAUCCUCUCCACAAAAGUGUGACCCCAACUUUUCUUUUGAUGCAGCAACAAUGAUUAACAAUGAGAUUGUUUUCUUUAAAAACAAGUACAUGUGGAUGAGAACAACAAGGACAACCUACUGGAAUCGCCUGACAGAGGGCCACAGCAGCACAUAUUUACCCAGCAUCAGUUCUCACGUUGAUGCUGCUUAUGACAUCCCUGCCAAAGGCGUGGCGUACAUAUUCACUGGUCAUAAGUACUGGGUGGUUCAACAGCUUGAGAUGAAAAGUCGCGCUGGCUCCAUCCACGAAUACGGAUUCUCCUCCAGAGUCAGGCAGGUUGACGCUGCCGUACAUGUCAGUGAAUAUGGGAAGACUCUGUUCUUCAUUGGAGAGUUUUAUUACAGGUACGAUGAGCAGAAGAGACAGAUGGACCCUGGCUUCCCCAGACUCAUCCAAACCGACUGGCCUGGAAUCCCGAGAAGAGUCGAUGCUGCAUUUAAGCUACAUGCACCAACCACCGCUCCAACAAUGUCCCCUGAGGACCAAGACCUGGCCGAGGGAUAUCUCUCUCAGUUCUACGCUGAUGUUGGGAUGACAAACUCAACAUUACGAAGAAUCAGAAACAACAGUUUCACUCAGGAUCUCCAGGCUAUGCAGGCCUUCUUUGGCCUGGAGGUGACUGGCACUCUGGAUAAGGAGACUGUAGAUGUGAUGAAGGCACCGAGGUGUGGAGUGUCAGACAUCAGCCGAUAUGGACACUUCCCUGGGAGACCCAAAUGGACCAAAAGGCUGAUUACAUACAGGAUCACUCGGUACACUCCAGAUCUGGCCCAGCGUCAGGUGGAUACAACCAUCGCUCAGGCCUUCCAGCUCUACAGCGACGUCAUCCCCCUGGACUUCAAACAGGUCACCAGUGGUACUGCGGACAUCAUGAUCCUGUUUCAGAGCAGAUACCACGGGGACUUUUACCCUUUCGACGGAGCGGGGGGAGUCUUGGCUCAUGCUAACUCCCCUGGACAAGGUCAGGGAGGGGAUACGCAUUUUGAUGAUGAUGAAAGCUGGACUCUGACCCAAAGAGGUGUAAAUCUGCUGCUGGUGGCUGCCCAUGAGUUCGGUCAUGCUCUGGGCCUGGAUCACUCCAGAGACAGACGUGCACUGAUGUACCCCACAUAUCAAUAUGUCAACACAAAUGGGUACAGGCUACCAGAUGACGACAGACGUGGUGUUCAAGCCCUUUAUGGCAGCCGUACAACAGUACCCACAACAGCACCAAAACCUGAACCACCUCCCAAUCCAGAACCAGAGGACCCAACAGAACCUCCAAACCCCCGAGAUGAACAAUGCAGCCGUGAGCUGGUGUUUGACGCUGCUACCUCCAUCAGAGGAGACCUGUACUUCUUCAAAAAUGGAUACUACUGGAGGAAGAGUUCAAGUUUCCAAGGAAUCCGUUUAACUAAAGUGAACAGAAAGUGGUCACGGAUCAACUAUGUGGAUGCUGCCUAUGAAGUCCCAAAUGAAAACGUCGUGUAUUUUUUUGAAGGUCGCCAGUACUGGGGAGUAACGGGUAUUGCAAAAACAAUAAUGCCAGGCUAUCCAAAGUCCAUCACCAAUCUUGGCCUCCCCUCCUCAGUCAGUAAGGUGGAUGCAGCCGUCUAUGUGUCAAGUACUGGAAAAACACUCAUUUUUGCGAAUAAUAAGUACUGGAGCUAUGAUGAGCGUAGAAACCAAAUGGACAGUGGAUACCCACGAUAUAUCACUCAGGAUUUCCCAGGCAUUGGCUCUAAAGUUGAUGCAGCCUUUGAGAAUUAUGAAAAUGUUGUUUUGCUCAGCUCGAUCUUCAUGGAGUCUCUCAACACGUUUGAAUCUGAGAUGGAGGCUGAUGGACAGGGGAACUACUCUCUGUUUCCUGCUUUGGACAGCAUUGCUAGUUUGUCUGGGACCUCAGAAACUCUGGAGAGUGAGCCACCCAGUGAAAUUGCAGAGAAACCAAACCUCACAUGGCUCGAUGCUGCACAGAUUGUUUUGGAAGAAGCUGGACGCCCCAUGCACAUAAAGGAGAUUAAGCAGAGGAUCAUUGACAGAGGACUUGUGCAAUCCAAUGCAAAGUCAAGCCUGGAAGCUGUCAUGUACCGUGAGACACAAAAAGGCAGCAGGAGAUUCAAGAGGAUUGAAAACAGAAACGGAGUCUUUGCAUUGCUGGAGCGGCAGCAGACCCUGCAGGCUUUCACUGCCCAGUCUUUCCUCGGCUCUCCGCAGCAGAAUACCAUCUCCAGUUCAGGCUCAGGUGCCUCGGCGGCCGCCUUCCCGUCUCCCACCAGCUCCUCUGAGCAUAAGGCCAAGAUGAAGAGAGGUCCGCGAAAAAACCAGAACGAAAAGUACAGACUCAAGUACCUCAGGCUGCGCAAAGCUGCUCGUACCAUGAUAUUUGAGAAUGCUUCUCUCUGUGAUGAAGUUGCUCACUUAGAAGAGAAGUUUCUGAGAGCAAAGGAGGAGCGCAGGUUCUUACUGAAGUCGUUGCUGCAGUACCAGUCUCUGUCAGAGGGAGAGAUGCUGCCCACCCCCAGCUCAAGCUCUCAUCCACCUGCACCACCGGUGGCAUUAGCCUCCGGUCCUGCAGGGACUUCAGGCCUGUCUGGGGCUCAUAACCUCACAUCUGUGGUGUCAGCUGGGGAGGAAGGACUGCUUAAAAAGCCCAGGAAGGAAAGGAAAGAACGAGGAAGGGAGAAUGGAAAGGAAGAACUUCCAAAGAAGAUGUCUAAGAAGAGAAAGCUCGCAGAUGGAUCUCGGAAGCUGGUGCAGCCCAUCCCCCUCGACUCGUCUGGUCGUCCUGUUUUUCCCAUCGUACUCGGAGGGUUAACGGUUUACAGUCUGGGAGAGAUCAUCACAGACAGGAUGUUGUUCCAUGACGAGUGUGCCAUCUACCCAGUGGGAUUCUGCAGCACACGGAUCUUUGCCAGCAUGAAAAUCCCCGACCAGCAGUGCCUCUACACCUGCCAGAUCAAGGAUGGGGGAGCAGGUCCACAGUUUGAGAUUGUGCCUGAAGAAGAUCCUCAAAACGCCAUCGUGGCCUCCUCUGCCCUGACAUGCCAUUCCAAUCUACUGAAGGCCACCGCAUCUGUCAGUUCCAAAUCUGUGGCACCGAUUGUGCCAUCAGGAGCCGACUUCUUUGGCUUCUCUCAUCCCACCAUCCAGAAUCUCAUCCAGAGUUGUCCUGGAGCUCGCAAAUGCAGCAACUACAGAUGGAUUCGCUUUGAGGUAUGUCGUCCUGGCGACGGUCAGGUUCCUCACAGCUUGUCAGAGGAUGACGCCUCAGUCAACUUUGAAGCCUACCAGAGACACCAGGGCUUUGAAGAGAACAUCAAGACGGAACACAUCCCAGGACAGACACCACAAUCUCCCAGCUCCUCUCAUCAGCACCACCUGACGUCCCCUACGAUGAAGCCCACUACCUCAUAUUUCAGCUCCUGAUAUUUUGACCACCUCUGAAAUUUCAGGCUGUUGCUGUUCUCAGCAGCUGUGAACUUUCAUUCUAAUAUACAAAGCUUACAGUAUGUUUUUCCUUCCUGGUUCAAUAUUUCAGGAAACUAACCUUUAUGUUCAUUGCACGUUGAAGCUGUUAUUUAUGUCAUCUUCUAGCAAGCCUCAGACAGUAUUACUGUGGAUGUGUGCUAGCAUAGCUGAUGCUAAUGUAUUAAUAUGUUUAGCUUUGUGCUUAAAGUGCCAACAACAACAUAAAGCCGAAACCUGUUUAUUACUGUCUAAACACAUCUGUGUUGGGCUUUAGAAACUGAGCCCCAGCUGAAAUCGUGUUUCACAUUCAAUUAGUAUAAUCUUAUUUAUCAAUUGGUGAUUACAAGAGAAAACUAAACAAAUGCUGCCCCAUAUGUAGGCUUUGAUACAUACUGUAACAUUGCUAUUUAAUUAAUACAGUAUUCCAAGUUGGAGAGACGCAUUACAUUUAAUCUUUUUUUUUCCAGCUGUAACAACAGGCUCAUCUCAGAUUAAUCAAUAGUUUCACUGCAUUUUGUUCUGUUACUUUGAAGCAAAGGUGCUGGCUUUGAAUGUAAUAGACCCUGGCAAACUUA